AUGGAACUGGAUACCGGCUCUGCAGUGUCAGUGAUGGCGCACAGUGACUUUGUGCAGUACUUUGGAGACCAGAAGCUGAACUCGUCAUCUGUCCUCCUAAAGACAUAUACUGGAGAGAAAAUCAAGCCCCUCGGCGUAUUGCCGGUGGAGGUACAACACAAUGGCCAACAAUGCACAUUGGACUUGUACAUUGUAAAAAGAGGAGGACCAGCACUGUGGGGCCGAGACUGGCUGAGGAAAUUACAGCUGGAUUGGAAGUCCAUUAAAAGCCUGCAGGUGGCGCCAAACACCACCGACAAGUCCACAGAGGUCAAAUUGGAGACAGUCUUGGUGGCUGCAACGCCUGUAUUCCAAGAUGGAAUUGGGACAUUAAAAAACAUAAAGGGCAAAAUUGUUCUUCAAGACGGGGCCAUUCCACGUUUCCACAAAGCACGGCCAGUUCCGUACGCCAUACGACAGAAGGUGGAAGCGGAGCUGGACCGCCUAGAGGCCGACGGAAUCCUGUCUAAAGUUGACUGGAGCCCAUGGGCCACACCCAUUGUCCCAGUAGCAAAGAAGUCAGGGGCAGUGAGGGUGUGUGGGGACUUCAAAAUCACAAUCAAUCCUGUGCUACAAGCAGAACAAUAUCCACUUCCCAGGAUCGAGGACAUUUUUGCAAACCUGGCUGGUGGAAAGCGGUUCACCAAGGUGGACCUGGCGGAGGCCUAUCUACAGAUGGAGAUAGAGGAAGACUCGAAGAUGUUCCUGACCAUCAAUACUCUGAAGGGCUUGUACCGCUACAACAGGUUAGUGUUCGGAGUGGCCUCAGCCCCGGCUAUCUGGCAGCGUGCUAUGGAUCAGGUGUUGCAGGGGAUUCCAGGUACACAGUGUUACUUAGAUGAUAUAAUUGUGACUGGGGCCAACGAUAACGAACACCUGGAGAACCUCCAUAAGGUCUUACAGAGACUUCAAGAUUACGGACUCCGGGCUAGACGUGACAAGUGUGAGUUUUUCAAACCAUGUAUCACAUACUGCGGCCACACCAUUGAUGCACAGGGUUUGCAUAAAUGCAAAGAAAAGAUCAAUGCCGUCAUGAAGGCUCCUCAGCCACAGGAUGUACAGCAACUGAGAUCGUUCCUUGGAUUCAUCAACUACUACCACCGGUUCAUGCCUAACCUGUCUACAGUGCUCCAUCCUCUGAACGAACUACUCCAGGCAGAACGGAAAUGGAAAUGGACCAAGGAAUGCGAACAGGCCUUCCAGGAAGUGAAAAGGCUGGUGACAUCAGAGACAGUGCUCACACACUACGACCCGUCCUUGCCUGUGAAGUUGGCAUGCGACGCGUCACCGUAUGCGGCACGCAUGCAGCGUUGGGCCCUGUUCCUGGGAGGGCAUCGGUACAAGAUUGAAUUCAAGAGCACACUAAAUCACGCCAAUGCAGACGGGUUGUCUCGGUUGCCACUCGACACCGCAACAGGCACAAAAGGAGACAAAGAAUCAGUGGCGAUGUUCACGCUCAUGCAGAUCGAAAGCCUCCCAGUGACAGCGGAGAUGAUUGAGAGAGAGACCCGGAAAGAUGCGACUCUCUCACAAGUGUACAAAGCAACGCAGACAGGCUGGGCAGCUAGUGAAAGGUCUUUCCUCGCUCCAUAUUUCCAACGCCGGGAUGAGCUUGCUAUUGACUCUGGGUGCCUUAUGUGGGGAAUGAGGAUCAUCAUACCCACCAAGCAGAAGUUAGCCAACGUCCUGUUUGCCUACCGUAACGCCACUCAUGCUACUACUAACCGAACCCCUGCCAUGCUGUUCCUGGGACGGGGGCUGCGCUCAAGACUGGACCUGCUAAAGCCGAACCUGCGACGGACGGUAAUGGAUCGUCAGAUCAAGCAGGGUAAAGGGACUCACAAUAGAGAAACGCGUCAACUGGAAAUUGGACAGACUGUGCUUGCCAGGGAUUACCGUGGAGAACACAAGUGGAUUCCCGGUAUAAUCAGAGAGAGGCAAGGGCCCUUGUCCUACACUGUAGAAGUAGCUCCGGACACUAUCUGGCGACGCCACCUUGAUCAACUACGGGGGUCAGAGGUACGCACUGCAGCGGAGAUGGUGGAUCCUGCUGCUUCAUUCAUCGCUGCUCAGGGGGACCUGAGCCUGCCAACUGCCAGCGCUACUCCAGAGACCAUGAGCCUGCCUAGCUCCACCGCAGGCCAAGACAGCCGGAACCUGCAAAGCUCCGACAGCGACAUGGGGUGUCUGCCAAGCCCUGGUCCGCCCCUGACCCCACGCAUUGGUCUCCCUAGAGCUGGGGCGAGCCCGGCGGUUACACCUGAGAGACCUUAUCCAAUGCGUACUCACAGACCUCCCAAGAGACUAUCCUUUUAA